AUGGAAUCAACCUCAGAACCAUCCGCCAAGGGGCGCGUAGAUUCACUAUUCUCGACUCUCCCCGAGACACCACUCGACGAGCCAUUUGCCGUGAAUGGAGCACACAAACAGGACUGCAGCCCAAAAAAGGUCAAUCUGGGAAUAGGGGUUUAUCGCACAUCCGAAGGAUCUCCCUGGCCCCUGCGCGUGGUCAAAGAGGCAGAAAAGCAACUGCAUGAAGCAGGCGAUGUCAAUAGACACGAAUACCUGAGCAUCCAAGGUGACUCGGAGUUCCUCACGCUCGCAGCCGACCUUGUUUUUGGAUUUGGUGAAGAUAAAGGCACGGCAGAAUCGGUCACUGAACAAGACCGAAAGCGGGUUGUCUCUAUACAGACAGUCUCAGGGACUGGGGCCAACAGGCUUGGCGCGGAGCUCCUGGCUCGGAAUGUCCGACCGGGCUGUGUUUGGAUUCCUGAUCCUACUUGGGCAAACCAUGAGACUAUCUGGGAUUUGGCAGGAGUUCCCAGAAAAGGAUACCCGUACUACGAUGCCACUCGCAAGGCUUUCGAUUUCGAUGGAACAUUCCGCACACUAUCAGAGUCGGCAAAGCAGAAUGAUGUCGUGAUUCUUCAUGCCUGUGCCCACAAUCCGACAGGCGCUGAUCCGACGAAGGAACAGUGGGAAAUGCUAGCCCAGUUGUGUAAAGAAAAGGGCAUCAUCCCCUUUUUCGAUCUUGCCUACCAAGGAUUUGCAUCUGGCAAUGCGAAGAAAGACGCCUGGGCCAUUCGACACUUCUUCCAUGAGCUCCACCAAGUCGAGUUCUGCGUUGCACAGUCCUUCUCGAAGAAUUUUGGGCUCUACGGGCAGCGAGUCGGUGCUCUACACGUUGCACUCUCUUCCACCGCCACAAAUGACGUUUCGCAGAGGGUGCUCGCAAAUCUGUGCCAUCUUGUUCGUGGAGAAUACUCUAUGGCUCCCAGAGGUGGUGCAGAGAUAGUCAAGACUGUUUUAAGUAGUCAGGAUCUCCGGGACAAAUGGCAGGAAGAUCUCACGACGAUGAGCCAGAGGAUCCAAGAUAUGAGGCAAGCCCUUUUCCAUGAGUUGAUGAGACUCGGUACACCCGGUGAUUGGAAACACGUUAUAAAUCAGAUCGGCAUGUUCACCUAUAUUGGAUUGACGGAAAGCCAAGUCAAAGUCAUGACAGAUAAGCAUCAUAUUUAUUUGCUGAAAUCCGGCAGAAUUUCGAUUUCUGGCUUGAAUGAGCGAAAUGUUCGGUAUGUUGCGACAGCAAUCGAUGAUGUUGUUCGCACGGUGGACUAG